CCAGCGACGGCCGAGGCCGAGAAUAGCAGCGGCGGGGGGCUGCGCCGUGCGCUGUUGCUUCGCCUGCUAUUCUAGACUAGAACCGUCUCCCUCUUUCACCGCCGCACGUCUUGGGCUUUUCCUGGCAGCAGAAGAAGCGUCGAAACUCGAAAGGGACGCGCGCGCAGCCCAUUGGCUGGCCUAACCGAGCCCGAGCGGAACGGGGGAGGAGGAGGGCUCCGCUCUCCCGCUCCCCGUCUCGUCACGGCUCGGCUCGUCUCCGCUCCGGCGCGUGUGCCCGACCAGACUGCGCUCCCGUCUCGUCCGCUCCGCACCUAUUUCCACCAAUCACCGCCGCGUCGCCUCGCCUCCUCACCACCCACCCGCCCGCCUCACAUCGCCAGAAGCAGCCAGACGCCGAGCGGAGCCGCAGCCUCCACCUUCCGAUCCCGCGCCGACGGCCCAGAUCCGCCCGCCCCGCUCGUGCCUCUCGCUCCCUCGCCGCCGCCCCGCGGUGAAGGCGGCUGCGAGUGCGGGGCCCUGUCUAGGCGUGAGCGUGGCGGUGGUUCUUUGAGGAGGCGAUUGGCUUUCGUUUGCUCGCCGCGGAGCCAGGGGAUUGGUUGUCAGUGACUGGUUUGGGUUCUCCGGCCAGACGCGGGGCGGCGAUGGGGUGCUUCCAUUCCACGGCGAAGCGGCAGCACCCUGGCUACGAGGACCCCGUGAACCUCGCCUCCCAGACAGCCUUCAGCGUCAGUGAAGUUGAGGCUCUAUUCGAGCUGUUCAAGAGCAUAAGCGGUUCGGUGAUCGAUGACGGCCUGAUCAACAAGGAAGAAUUCCAGCUUGCCUUAUUUAAAAACCAGAGGAAGGAAAAUCUUUUUGCUAAUCGGAUAUUUGACCUUUUCGAUGUCAAGAAAAGAGACGCCAUUGAUUUUGGCGACUUUGUCCGAGCUCUAAAUGUAUUUCAUCCAAACAUCCCAAUGGAAGAGAAAAUUGAUUUCUCGUUCAAGCUAUAUGAUAUGGAUGGUACAGGGUUUAUUGAACGAAAGGAGGUAAAGCAGAUGUUAAUCGCUCUUCUAGGGGAAUCUGAAAUGAGAUUAUCUGAUGAGAUUAUCGAGACAAUCCUGGACAAGACAUUUUCGGAUGCUGAUGCGAAUCGGGAUGGGAAAAUAGAUAGAACUGAAUGGGAGAAUUUUGUCACAAGAAAUCCUUCCUUGAUGAAGAUAAUGACUCUGCCAUACCUCAAGGACAUAACAACCACAUUUCCCAGCUUUGUGUUUAAUUCUGAGGUCGACGAUAUCGUCACAUGACCAUGAUCCUCUCAUAGACGCAUAGUUAAUGAAAGGAGUUUUUGCUUCCCUCAAAUGAAAAAGGUAGAACCUUCCGUGGAGGGGUACACAACAUGGAAAUUUCUAGCUUUCUCUUGUAUUAUGAUAUGGAAUUGUGCAUCAAAUUGGCUGCCACAGAAGUACGUAACACCUGAUAUUGUAGUUUUCACGCAAGACGCUAGUGCUUUUGUUUUGGUGAUUGAGAGUUAGUACGAAGAGAUGCAACAUUUUUCAUUUUUUUUACCAGUGGGAAGUCUUUGUUUUGUUUGUGAACUGCAAUCUACCUGUGCUGGUCACAGCUUAUUCUUGUCAUAAGUACUGCGUUUUAUUUGAUCAUAUAAAACCUAUAGUUCACACGGUUA